UCGACGGCGAUCCCCCCUUCCCGUUGCAGCCAUAUCAGAACGACUCCUUCACCGUCGCCAUAUUACCACUGAAUUCCCAUGCUGCGCCUGUCGUGACGCAAUCACCCCGACUGCAAAGAGUCGCACCACGUCCGGCCACUGCAUCUGCCGUCUCCCGUCUCUGGCCGUCCCACGCGUCCUCCUGACGAGCUCACACUUCACGUCUUGCAUUCCAAACGCCCCAUCAUUGCCAGCCUGAGACACUCCUUGCCUACGUCACAAUGGCAGCAAACGAGAAGCACGAGCCCGUUACUUUCGGCGCCAGCGUGCUGCGCUCUCCCAGCCCACUAACCACGCCUUCGCAACCACUCCGCUCCCCGCCCUCCAACGACUCUACCAUGUCGUCUGCCACCGCCAGCGCCGAACUCGCCGCCAAGAAAGAGUGGGCGGCCGACCCCUCCAACCCAUACUCGGCCUUCUACAAGCACCCAGAGGCCCUCCGCGAGACGCGCCACUCCCUCAACGAGAGCGCGCCUCAGAGCAAGACACACCUCGGCGUCGGUGUCCACGAGCACGACCUCGAGGGCGGCGUCCCCCUCUCGGUAGCCUCGACACAGCAGCCAUCCAAACACUCCGUCGAUGGCCGCGUCAAGGAAUGCACAAUGUGGCCCACAAGGCAGGCUGUCCUGGACAAGCGGAAGUCGUACCAACGCAAGCGUGGUUGUGCCUUCUUCCGGAACUUGACCAACAAGCAGAGAAUGUGGGCUAAGAUCAUCAUCGCUCUUCUCGUAAUAGGUGCUGCCGUUGGCCUUGGUGUCGGCAUCUCGAGAGCUGUCGGUGGCGGUGUCUGGGCUGGCGAUGGCCGAUCAAAGGAGAUCCCCCAUGGCGACGGACACUGAGGUGUAGCUACUGCCGCAAAGCAACCAACCACCACCCGUCUCUUUGACCGCACACAAUCACGACUUCGGCAUAUUUCGCUUCGGACAACAUCCUUUCUCGAUAUCCCUUUUCAUCUGUUAUAUUGUUUUUCCUUCGCGGUACUGUG